CUGCGUCGCUCUGAAGAAGACGAGGAGAAGGAGGAAGACAUCGAGGUCCCGAAGGCCAUGGGGGACAUCUUUGAGUCUUUGGCUGGAGCCAUCUACAUGGACAGCAGGAUGUCCCUGGAGACGGUGUGGCAGGUGUAUUAUCCAAUGAUGAGGCCACUCAUAGAGAAAUUCUCUGCCAAUGUGCCACGCUCUCCUGUGAGGGAGCUGCUGGAGAUGGAACCAGAAACUGCCAAGUUCAGCCCCGCAGAGAGGACGUACGACGGGAAGGUCCGGGUGACGGUGGAGGUCGUCGGUAAGGGCAAGUUCAAAGGAGUGGGCCGCAGCUACCGGAUCGCCAAGUCAGCGGCGGCGCGUCGAGCUCUGCGCAGCCUCAAAGCCAAUCAACCUCAGGUCCAAAACAACUGAGCUCAGCAUAAGCACCUAAGCUAUCGAUGCUAAAUGAGAGAAAGCAACACCGUCUUCCCGGACACACGGCGCAACGCUCGCCCUGCCCUGCAUCCU